AGUCGGAUGUUUUUCCGUUUCGUUACUGUGUCGCGAGUGUAGGUGUAUGUGUAUGAAGAAAAAAAAUCAAAAGCAAGAUUUAAAGUUAUUUCAAAGACAGUAUAAGUAGUUAUUCUAGUGAUGCAUACGUUUAGUGAAACCGGUACAGGAGUUCCUGCAUUCCUGGCGAAGCUAUGGCGAUUGGUGGAAGAUCCGGAAACGAACGAUCUAAUCUCCUGGAGCACCGAUGGUCGAUCGUUUAUCAUUCAAAAUCAGGCCCAGUUUGCCAAGGAGUUAUUACCACUUAACUAUAAACACAACAAUAUGGCAAGUUUUAUUCGACAAUUAAAUAUGUACGGAUUCCACAAAAUAACAUCCAUCGAUAAUGGUGGAUUGCGCUUUGACAAGGAUGAAAUGGAAUUUACACAUCCUUGUUUCCAAAAAGAUCAUCCCUAUCUGCUGGAACACAUCAAACGUAAAAUUGCUACCUCAAAGCAGCAACCGCCGGAGGAUAAAAGUGGGCUAAAAGUUGAAGCCGUAAAUCGAGUUUUGUCGGAAAUCAAGAAUAUGCGUGGUCGGCAGGAUUCGCUGGAUACCCGCUUUUCGGCCAUGAAGCAAGAGAAUGAGGCCUUAUGGCGUGAGGUAGCUAUUUUACGCCAAAAGCAUCUUAAACAGCAGCAGAUUGUCAAUAAGCUUAUUCAAUUUUUGGUCACAAUCGUGCAACCAUCGCGAGGCGGGCUUGGUUCUAUGGGCAACGGUAAUAACAAACGCAGGUUCCAGCUGAUGAUUAACGAUGCUCCACCGUCGAAGGUGAAGAAAACCGGCAACAACGAAGGUGCUACCAUCCAGGAGCUGGGAGAGGCACUAGAGGAGGUGGCCUACGAGAACGAACAGGAGUUGAUCGAAUAUGUCAAUGAUAUGUUCAACUCAUUCACUCAUCACAGGACAUCCGAAGUGCCGGAGGUAACUUCUCCGAUUUCUUUGGCUGAUCAGUCGCCUUAUCAUCCGGACAAUGUGAACGACAUUGUCGAGGAGAUUGUUAUCUCUCCAACGUACAAUCCCCGACAGCGAGCGGCUGGGAUUAAGCUGGAGAAACCUGACUGCUCGACAAUGUUAACCGAUAGCCUGGCUCAGCUCACCGAUGGGAAAGUUGCGGACGAAGAGCAAAACAUUGAAUACGAUGACGAUAAUUAUUUGGUUGAUCAUGUGGAUGAAAUCGACCCGAACGAUAUCCAGCUGUAUAACGAUACGGAUAUGCUUAACACUCCGCUUGUCAUCAAGGAAAUGCAAAAACAGAAACAACUGAAGCAACAGCAAGAACAGCAACAGCAGCAGCAGCAGCAAAAACAAAACAGGGCCCAGCAACAGUUAUUACAGCAAAAAUCAAUCGGUAAAGGAGAAAGUCUGCUUAAAGCCAAGAAAAAUGGCAUUGCAAACAAAGUGCAACAGAAAAGUCUGUUGAACUCAAAUCGACCAACACAAUCAGCCGUAUCAAAUUCAAAUAUUUUAACACGAAGCGGCAAAAGAAUGGCCAAUUCGGGUAAACAGAUAUCAUUGUCGUCGGACGGGGCUAGCGCGCCAGCAGUGGGCGGUUCGACCGGAUCGACCGCAAACGUCACGUUAAAUGCUGAACCUUCAUCAUCGUCGACGCAUGUCAGCUAUGGGGUGGAUGAUUUUAUCAUAAACGAGGUACCGGCUGACAUUUUCGACGACACCAGCAAUGUUGAAAAGGAGUCUCCCAUGAUUGGUGCGUUCAAUUUUGAUGGAGGUUUUUACAAUCCCAGUGUGAAUAUAAAUGAGAUCAAGGGACGACAGCAAUUGUUACUUCAGCAACAGCAACAACAGCAGCAGCAACAACAACAACAGCAGCAGCAGCAGCAACAACAGGAGGGGUCCGACCCAGUGGAAGAACUUUCGGCUGCUCAGCUGCCUGUUAACGCUAGCAACUCCAUCAAUGACGAAGACUCUAAUGCUGGCGCAUUGGCUCGGUUUUCUAGCAACGAACUGGAUGUGAAUCGGCUACAAUCACUCACUGAAUACGGACAGCAUAUUGAUGCCGUUCAGACAGAUUUGGAUUCGUUGAAAGAUUUACUGAAGGGAGAAGGCUACCAGCUGGAUGCCAACACGUUGCUUGGGUCGCCAGGCGGAAGCACAGCACAGUACGGCAGAGUAAUCUUCUCGCCUUCGGCACCGUCUUCGUUCGAUAUCAAUAAGCUCUUUAGCGGCAACGAGGACAUAAUGGGCUAUGAUUUUCCGAUGAACCUUCCGGAUAUGAAUGACACCCAGAAAAAGGCUGCCAUCGGAGACAGUAGCAUGGCGGUCGCCGAAACCAGCGGAAGCAACAGCUUGAACGGUCAAAUAUCACCCGCUUUGACUUCUGGAUCAUCGAAUCGGCUUAUUUCGUACAAAACGGCACCUGGCAACGCUGCUGCAGUGGGCGACUUUAUAGAUCUGAAUGAACUGCUCAAUUUGGAGGGCAGUAACGAGGAAGAAAAUUCUACUGUAAUCUAAGCAUACACACGCAGAACAACGUUAUCUCUUUAUAGCCUUAGUAUGUUGUUUUGUUUCAUAGAUUUGUUGGUUUUUCUUCUUCUAAAUAUCAGUAACCUGUCCUGAAUGUUUAAAUAAUAACGCGUUUUGCGAGGAACUGAAUUUUGUUUUCAGUUAUGAUCACAGCACGGUGUGUUAAAGAGUAUUUGGUCAAUGUCGAAGCAGGUUUGUUAUACAUAAUCACCACAAAUAUAAAGUCCCUUAUUCUCUUGGAAACAUAUUUUACAUCACAUCCGAUGCGGCGAAACUCCUAGUCCUUUCAAUUUUUAAAUACCCGCCUAGUAUGGCAAAAAGAUUACUGAAGGUCUUAGAAAAGUAAAAAAAACAGCACUUGAAAGAUAGCAGUUAUGCCCAUAACAGGACUCCAAACAGUUGCUUCUUUAUAUAUCUACGACUUUGUUUCCAUCUAUUCUGCCGCUAGUCGCAUAACAGUACCAUCUCCUAUGGAGUUUCUUAUAUUUAUAUAGGAGUUCCAUUUGUGGAACUGAUAUGCAAGUAACGGCAGUAUUAUCUUGUUUAACUAUAAUAUUUUUUAAAUAUCAUUAUACUGGGUGGUUAGUGGAUCGGAUGAAUUCAGUUAUUGUAUGAUAGUCAGAUGUAUUUCAACUUUUUUUUUUGCAUAACCAUGAAUUAAAAUUUAAACAUUGAUGUAAAGUUGUACCUGAUUAAUUUGCGCUGAGAGCAAGCAAAAACAAAUGUAUAUAUUUUUUCCGGCCUGAUGAUCGACACAUGAAACGCAUUUAGUUUUAAAACCUAAAGGCCAAAAAGCAAGAAUACUAACCUACUAACUUUUGAAAACACAGCUUCGGAGCGAUUGAUUUGUUACUAUUACACAAGAGGCGCAAAUUAUGGUAUACUUAUAGGUCGUUUUCUAUUGCAUGAUCGGGACCGAAUACAACUAAGGAAUACUCU